AGUCAAGAGUUGGCUAUUGUCCUCAAUCUGAUGCAUUGCUGGAAUACAUGACUGGUCGGGAAAUAAUGAUCAUGUGUGCCAGAUUAUGGGGAGUCUCUGAGCCCCAAAUUCAGCUGUAUGUGAAUAGAUGGUUGAGUUCAGUGCAACUGGAACCCCAUGCUGACAAGCUUAUCAGAACCUACAGUGGAGGAACCAAACGUAGGCUGGGUACUGCUAUUGCCCUAAUGGGAAAGACCUCACUCAUUUUGCUGGACGAGCCAUCAACUGGCAUGGACCCUGUAGCCCGACACCUGCUCUGGGAUGCUGUGACACGGACACGUGAAAGUGGCAAAGCCAUCAUUAUAACUUCCCACAGAAUGGAGGAAUGUGAUGCCUUCUGUACCAGGCUGGCCAUCAUGGUGCAGGGAAAGUUCCUGUGCCUGGGUAGCCCUCAGCACCUCAAAAACAAGUUUGGCAACAUUUACAUCCUGAAGGUCAAGGUCAAGAUCGAUGCACAGGAGGAUAAACUGGAUCGUUUAAAGUAUUUCAUCACACUGACAUUCCCAGGUGGGGGCGGCUGCUUGGGUCCACAGUCCUUGUCAGAUUCCGCGGCGUGCGGGACGUGCAACCUGGCCCUGCACGGUAUGGGCCAUAAGUACACGUGGGUUAUAAAUUACUGUCGAGCUCAUCUGUUCAGCAUCCGGGCAUCCCAUUACAUUAGGGUGGGAAUCACUCCCCCACCAAUGGGUGAAGAGGAGAAAAAUGAAAUCCUUCCGCUCUGUACCUUUGUCAAAGCACAAUGA